AUGGCCCAUUUGAGGGCAGAAAGAGGCCGCCUGCAGGAAUACCAGGUCAUUGGGCGCCAUCUGCCCACUGACGCCAACCCAACCCCAAAGCUCUACCGCAUGCGCAUCUUCGCCCCGAACGAUGUUGUCGCAAAGAGCCGUUUCUGGUACUUCCUCGCCAAGCUCCGAAAGGUCAAGAAGGCCAACGGUGAGAUUGUGUCUUUGAACAAGAUCGCCGAGAAGCACCCCCUCAAGGUCAAGAACUUCGGUAUCUGGAUCCGCUACGACUCUCGCUCUGGUACCCACAACAUGUACAAGGAGUACCGUGAGAUGUCCCGCACCGAUGCGGUCGAGUCUCUCUACCAGGACAUGGCCGCCCGUCACCGUGCUCGUUUCAGGACGAUCCACAUCCUCAAGGUCAUCGAGGUCGAGAAGACCGAUGACAUCCGGAGACCAUACAUCAAGCAGCUCACGACCAAGGACCUUAAGUUCCCUCUGCCUCACCGUGCUCCACCAACCACCGGCAAGAAGGUCUUCGCUGCCACCCGCCCGAACACCUUCUACUAA